AUGACGCGUCUAGCAACCAUUUUCACAACGCUAUGCACACUCUACUCUCUCCCACUAAUCUCCGCCUGGACCUUCGUCUGGAGAAACGCUACCGACAACCCCACCCUCGAAAAGGGCACCGACGCACAGAGCUGCAAGGCUAUCGACCACCCAAAGGGGAAAUAUUUUAAGUUCGACGCCGAAGACAGUCUCUUUCGCAUCUACAUGUACGGCUCACCCAAUUGUACAGACGAUAAUAUCGAGAGCGCCGAGGACUAUCUCGCGAAGAACUCGACUGCUCCGCUUCGGGCGUUCGCAGUUAUUGAUCUAAGAGGGGCGAAUACGAGCACUGGUGGAGAACUCACGCCGUUUCCUGGAGCCGAAUGGUUCAAGUCAUCCCCCAACAGCCCCAUCGUGACUGCCAUGGGAGAGAGACUGGUGGCAGAGGACUGUGGAAAGUACCGCGUGGGACCGGGGCCGCAGUGGUCCGAGGUAGACCGCGAGUCCUACCAGUGUUGGCAGGAGAAGCUUGGAUAUACCGGUACGGAUGCCAAUGGCUGGCCAGGGAAGAUAACUUGGGAUCAACUCAAGGUGUCUCUGGCGGACGAGAACGACGGAGGAGGAUCUUCUAAGACCACGGAGACGCCGUCCAGUACGAUCAUGAGUACCGGGACGGGAACGCCGACAAGUACGUUAGUUCCGGAUACAGAUACCUCCUCGGGGUCGCCACUCGGCGGAGGGGAGAUUGCUGGGGUCGUUGUAGGCUCUGUGGCCGGGUUGGGACUUAUUGGGGCCACGUUCUAUCUCUCGCGGCGGAUAUUCCGGCACCGUGCUCCAGCGUCUGGAGAUGGAGAGGCAGAGCCAGAUCCAGAGGGUGGUGCUGUGGCAGCAGGAGAAUCGAAAAAGUCGGCGAGGGAGAAGCCGCCUUCAGAGGUUGAGUCGAACCCUGCAAAGAGUCGAAAGAAGUAUGUUUCUGAGCUUCCGGGAGACACGGCGGCAGCGGAGUUGAGUGAUAGUCGGAGGAUCCUUGAGAUUGGAGACAGUCGGACAUAG